AUUGUGAAUUCUUUGUUCCGAAGCCCACCCCUUGUUUAAAGUCCAAAGUCCCCACCCUUAUUUAAAGCUCUUGAUCGAUCGUUCUCUAAAACGCGCAUUGCAUCUUUGGCCAAAAUAAACCACUGCAGUUGGACAAGGAAAUAUUUUCUUCAGGCACGGCCGCACUUUGCUGCAGGACGGCACUUUCGAUUGCUUAGGAGAAGGGAGGAGGCAGGAGUCAGUGUGGUGUGUGGUGAUACGUUGCAGUUGUUUGUGGUGUUAAUAAACUGCUAAAGUUUUGAAAAUGAGACGCGAAAGUCGAAGCCAAAGCAGGAGCAUGAGCCGGAGCAGGAGCCGAAGUAGAAGCCCAGUGGAUCACAAGGACCGUAGCCAGCGGCAUUCCUACCGUGAUGCACCAUAUAGAAGGGAUGCACGUCGGAGUUUCAGCCAGAGCGGUCUGUGCAAGAAUUGUAGAAGGCCCGGUCAUUAUGCAAGAGAGUGUCCUAAUGCAGGAGUAUGCCACAAUUGUUCCCUUCCUGGGCAUAUUGCAUCAGAGUGCAACACAAAGUCUCUAUGUUGGAACUGUCGGGAACCGGGGCACAUGGCUGGGAACUGCCCAAAUGAAGGAGUUUGCCACACUUGCGGGAAAACGGGACACCGUGCAAAAGACUGCACUACCCAAUCCCUGCCUCCAGGUGAUCUGAGACUCUGCCACAAUUGUUUCAAGCAAGGCCACUUUGCAGCCGACUGCACAAACGAGAAGGCUUGCAAGAACUGUCGGGAGACUGGACACCUGGCAGUUGACUGCCCGAAUGACCCCGUCUGCAAUUCAUGUAACGUGUCCGGGCACGUCGCCAGAGAUUGCACGAAACCUGGUAUUACCGAGGAGCGGGGCCUGCGGCCUCGUGCUAUUUCUGCUGCUGCCGGGUAUAGGGAUGCUGGGUUUCGUGAUAUGGUGUGUAGGAACUGCUCACAGUAUGGACAUAUGAGCCAGGAUUGCAUGAGGAUGGUGCUCUGUCAGAACUGUGGCGGGAGGGGGCAUAUGGCCUAUGAGUGUCCAUCUGCAAGGUUCAUAGACCGCUUCCCCCGCAGGUACUGAAUGAGUUGAACGCGUUAUCCUUGCUUUAUUUACAGCAUUGUUUUUCAGCAGGAGUUGUACUCUUCUUUCAUUGAGAUUUAUUUACUCAUUUUAUUUCAAGAAAAACCCAUGUUUUUUUUGUUUCUUUGCACUUUGGUGUGCCCUCAAAUAUUAUUUUGGCUAAGAUUAUUCUGGAGGCUUUUUAUUAGACAUUUAUGCACAUUUUGGAUACUUUUUCACAAUUUUGAUCUAUUUGUGUGUUGAAAGGGUUCCUUUGAUAA